AUGGGUCAAACACAUUCACCACCCUCCUCCUCAAGAGUCAUGAGAGUCCUUCCUCAACAUCAUUCAUCUUCUCGAAUUGGGUCACACUCUCCUCAACAUCUCCUCUCCUCGAUACCACCCAUCGAAGAGGAGAAUGACUCAAGGAAGGAUGAGGAUUCCACAUUUCUUUGCCCUCGCCGUUCUCAAGAAGUCUCUCUUUCUUCUUCUCCCAAACACUCAACAAGCAAUCAUCACAACAGAACAACAACAACAACCUCUCCACGUUUAGCCAAUCGUGGAGGUGGUUAUGGUGGUCAUGGUGGAAUGCCACAAACGAUCUCUGGAAGUAGCCAUGAAAGCCAUGAAGAAAGAGAAGGAAAAUGGUUUUCAAGUGUUUCGAGUGAAAAUUUUGAGUUGAAGAGUCCGCGAGGAAUGAUGACGAUGGGACAUUCUUCAUGCAUGCAACACUUGAAACAAAAGAUGAUCAUGAUGAUGGUCUAUGGAAGUAAUCAUGUGAGCUAUAGUGAUUCCAUACUUCAAUAUUGGAUGGAAAGGUAUCAGCCACCGAUUGAAUUGGAUCGUAUCAAAAACAAGAUUUUUCAAUUAUGUCUUCAAUUUCUUCGUUUCAUUUGUUUGAAGAGUGAGGCUUCUUCGGAACAAGGACUUGUUGUUGUUCAAGCAUUGAAUAACGAAAAGGAAAAAUUAUUAAUGGAAUGGUUGUUAGCAGUGGAACAUCCAUCCAACAAGAAGAUGGAUGACGAUGGUUCGGAACAACUUGUAGCAAGCUCCUCGCAAGAGAUGGAUGAAGAAGAACAGUUCUUUUCCUCUUCUUGUUGUUUGUCUCCUUCUCAGUUACAAAAAUUUGAUUCUGAGAUGAUGUGUUGUUUGGAACGACUCUGGAAGAGUGAAUAUAUUCAGGAACGAUUUCAUUCUUUGAUGAGUCGAGUAAAAACUGAUCCUGAAGAGUCAAUCAUGAAUGGGAGUGAUAUGAAAAUACUAAAAGAAGAAAACCAUACAGAUCAGAACGUUAAUCAUAACUCUCAAUCGACCUCUCUAAAUGGUUAUCAACAAUAUCAAGAGAGUGCUCCAUGUCAACUAUGUAAACAUGCAGAGUAUUUCUUGAAUAAGGUUCAGGAAAUUGUCAAACAUGAUUACGUAUGGACUAUUGAUGAUAUGACUCAUGCCAUGCAAAGAAAUUCGAGAUUGAAUGAAGUGAAACUCUGGUAUCGUCCUCAUAUCAUGAACAGCAGCUUUAUUAAGAAUCAGAUAUCAUUGACUGGAGUGGAAACUAUUUAUUCAGUGUUGGAUAUUACAGCUAUUGGAGGUGAGAAAACAAAAUGGCUUCGAUCGUACAGUAACGUGGAUGGAUUUUUAAUGAUUUUUUCAUUGGAUGAAAUUUCGUCAGAUAAGCAUUCGUUGCAAACAGCUCUUCAUGCAUUCAACGAAAUUACUCAAUAUUUCAGUGGUACUGCGUCAAGUUCAAAUAAUCUUGUGCGAUGCAAUUCAACAUCAUGCAGAACACAGAUUUAUGUUUGCUUCACUGAAAGCAACCUAUUUUGCGAUCGAGUGAUGAGAGGAGAAUAUGCUUUGCAAAAAUCAUUGAAAGGAGAUGCCAGAAAUCCUACCACCGUUUUCAAGUUCAUCGUGGCUCAAUUCAUGCAAAGUAAUGGUAUCAAUGGAGUUUCCUUAUCCUCCAACAAUUUAAACAAAAUUGUCAACAACGAACAUACUUCCUCUCCAAUACCUUCAAAAAGUUUCAGCGCGUCCUCUCCAGAAUUGUUGUUUUUUACUGUGAACGAUUUUUCAUGCAAGAGUGACAUGUACAAUUUUACAGAACAUUUGCUUGAAGGAAAAUCCUAUUUCGAAGACAGAAUUUCAGGAAAGAAAGCCAAGAGAGAUGAUGAAUUACGUAAGGAAUUACUGUCAAUGUGCGUCCAUUUCCAUGAAUCCUCACCGUCGCUGAUUAGUAGCCAUCGUAUGCUCAAUGGCCUCACAGACAUUACUCUGAAUUGUCAACUUUAA